ACGUUUUACUUUUUAGUGUGUUCCAAUUUGCUAAAAUUUUAUAAACAUAAAACAUGUUUCGUUCGUCAUCGGCCGUACUUUAUGUGUCUCUGACCUCUAUUUUAUAAUCUUUUUUCGAAUUCGAGUCUCGAGAGUGUUGUGAAGUGCUGGAAUGUUCUACCUUAGUAUACACAUAAGCCGACAUCCUACAGACUCUCAGAUCCCGCAACUAUAACAGCGGGAAACCAAUUAUAUAGCGAAAACUUAUCAAUUUCGAGAGUUCGGUAGAAUCGAAACCUUGACGUAACUCUUCUUGAAAACACACAACAGCUGGUAAGAGACUGCAACGAUGACGAGUAAUAUGAACCAAUGGUACUCCAAGUCGUCCAUCAUGAAAGACUUGGCCCAAGUGACAGGAACCCGUAUGGAUUCAAUUGAAGUUGUUGAUGAAACACCACCACCCAGGAGAUAUUACAAUGAAGAUAUGUCAGAGAUUAUGGAUAGAUAUGGGGAAAUUAUGACAGAAAAUGUACCAAAUGUAGCUCUGACUCCAGAUCUCAACGGCAUUACACAAAUGUUGAGAAUGGUUGAGAAAGAGACAGUUGAUCAGUCAAAAUAUAACACUGCGGAAAACCCACCUGUCGCUAAUGAUGAUAUACUCACAAUAAGCAAAUUAAACCCUGAGGUGAAAGAGUUCUUGCCAGGAGGAUGUGCCCAAGAAAAUGGUGUUCCAACUACUUCAAAUGCAAAAAUUCCAUCCAAAGAAUUGAAAUCUAGUCCUCAGUGCAAUAGUAAAGUGGAAAUAGAAGACUUGCCUCAUAUUAGCAACGGCAAUGAAAAAAAUGGAGAUACGGCUUUGCCAGCCAACAAUAUUAAAGAAAUGAGGGAACAACUAAAAACGAAAAUAUCGAGUAAUGCAAACAGAAAUUGUGUCAAAAGCAAGCGUGAGAAGAACAUUGCCAUAGCUUCAUUGCUGAAGCUCUGCUUACAGCCACCAGAAGGAAAUUCACAGAACAUAAAUGGAGAUACAAACAAAGCUCCCUUAAAACUUCUACCGCCCGAUUACUAUGAGACUACCAACAUUAAGGAUGCAAAUGGAGCUCUUCAAGAAAUAAAUGGAGCAUCAGAUAAGUGUGACGAAUUUGGAAAAGAAAAUACUGUUAUUGGUCUACCCAAAUUAAAUUCUACUACCAAUGACAAUGCGAAUAUGAACGGAAUAGUUUCUACGACAAAUAUCCAAUGUGAUGAGGAUGUACAGGAUUCCGUUAAGAAGGUGGAGAAUUGGCUGGCGCGUGUGAACUUAGAAAAUGAUGAGAGCCCUGAACAAAUUUCACCAGAGAAGGACCAAUCUCAAAGUCCUCAAACCCCGCCCAAAAAAACAAAGAAAGCUACCGGUCCUCCAACCUUAUUCCUCGGGCCGGUGACGUUUAAAAAGAAGGAAGUCGUUAAAUCCAACUCACCGAGUAUAUCAUCGGAAGCCACUACCAGAAAGACUCCAACCUCAACAUACGUCCCCUCAGCGUAUGCAAGUGAGCUCUCUCGCUCGUAUAACGAGAGGGCCAAAGCUAGGAACGAAAUACGAGAUGACAUAUUCAGUAGAUUGUAUAAGGAACUAGACAAAAGAGACGAGGCUCAUAAAAAAAAACUGGCCGAGGCUGAAUUAGCAGCUACGGUGACAUCCGACCAAGAUGACGAAGACAUAGUCAGUAAUAUGGUGCAAAUUACAGAACCAUAAAAUGUAAUUGAGAGAGAGGAAAUUUGGUAUUUUUACCAAUGGAAAAAGCUUAUAGCAGGUAAUGUUUAUAACCCAACUGUAGAUAUUAACCCGUUGAUCAUGAAAAAACGAGACACAAUAGAAUUUCUAUUGUGUCUCUGUCACCGGUGACUGUAUGGGGCUUGAUGAAUUAAUGUGUUCAUAGGUCUUUGUAAGUAUAAUACAAAUUAAAGCUAUGCAAAAGUGUGUCUGUCUGUUAGCUCUUCAUGCCAAGCCGAUUUUGAUUAAAUUUGGCUAGCGGAUACAUUGUAUCCUGCAAAGGUACACAUAAUAGAUUUUAUCUCGAUAUAUAGUAUGGUUCCCGCGCGAUGGACUUCUGCGCAAAGUAGUUGCGGGCAAUAUCUAGUUCUUAUUAUAUAAGUAAACAAAUGUUUUAAACAAACUUACUAGUUAAGAAAAAAAGGUAAACCAUUUAUAUAUGGUGUUAAACAAUAAAUUACACAAUACACAUAAUAUCUGGGGUACGGCAGUGCACCGCCAAGACGAGCCUAGCGAAGCGCAAGAGUUAUUUGUUAAAAGUAAAUAUUUUUCACCCAUAGUGAAUUUAACAAAUAAUAAGUGUAUUAUGUAGUAGUAUCUAUGUAAACCAAUCGUGAAUUAACGAUGUAUUAUAUUAUCAGCAGUCUUAAAUUCACCAGAGUUUUUAUAAAAAUAGUUCUUAAGCUUCGGUCAAACCUGCGCGACCAAAGCGACAGCGAAGCGGGAGCGUCCACGGCAGCGUUGCCAGACGUCCCGAUUUUUAAACCAAAUUAAAAGACCCGCAAGGGAAAGGCUCAGUCCCGCUUUUCAGGGAUAACUCUACGUGCAGCGUGCUGACUGCUGAGUAAAAAAGGUGCGUAAUGAAGAUAGGCGUGUGGGAGAGAGAGGGGAGAAUUUUCUUUGGCUACUUUUGCUAUCUAUUGUCACGUAAACGUGAUAUAAUAUUACGUUUUUUACUAUAUCCCGCUUUAGACGAAAAAAAUCCCGACUUGGCAAAAAACAUAUCUGGCAACGCUGGUCUACGGCUACGUCACCAUCAGAUACGGCGCGGCGCCGUCACCGUGUUACGGCACGACGCCGCCCGCUACCGUGAGUCGUGACACGGUGCCGCAAACGGUGCACCGCGCGCCCCUAUUCCGGGUGAAACUUCCGAACAAAAAUGGUGUCCAAACUUAAACGAGGCAUAUGAAAAUGCAUAUGAAAGUCGCGUAAUGCAAAUAUUGUCAUUUGUCCCACUUAAUUUUAGCGCUGCAUAUUUCCUUCUGAAAUGACUUCCGUCUGGGUGCAUUGUACAAAUAUACGGAUUUGCCCAAGUUCCUCUGUUUCUGUUUCUUUUUUAAUCUCCGUCUUAGUAAUAACAAGAGAAUAAUUCUUUCGCGAUCCAUAUCCAGACAAGCACUUUCGUUCGAGCGCAAAUAAUUAUAGACUGAAUAGGUACACGGGUCGGUACGAGCGGCACCGUACCACGGUGGCGGCGUCGUGCCGUAGCCCGUAAGGGCGAUUAUGCA